AACUUUGUUUCAAGAUUAUGGCCCCCUAUAGUCUAUCCCCAAGAAAGGGGAAAAAGGAAAAGAAACACACUACAAUAGACUUAUAAUGUCUAAAUAAAACAUGUUACCUGACAGAAACUUCACAUAGUACUUCCUCUUUUCUCAAAUUUCCUCUCUUUCACUGAGAAAUCCCAUAAUCUCCAACCUAUCAAUUUCCAAUUUUGCAAAAAAAAUAUCCUCUUUAAUUGCCUUUUGAUGAUCAAUGUUGGAAAGAUUUCAAGAAUCUACACUCAUUAUUUAGGCAAUUCUUUCAUCAGAUGGGCUCACUUCUUUUACUUACUCUGACAUUACUUUCACUGGCAUUCACCGCGACCCUUUCAAGUCAAGCACAAGGCAUAAAAUCAGCGCGACUUCUUGAUCUAGUCCUACGUGACAACACCUUUCGAUACUACAACACCAAGAAAUUCAGAACCGCGAAAUUGUACCCCGUACAUUUACCAUCCAACCUCUCAGGGAUCAAAGUCGAUUCAGUAAGGUAUCGGUGUGGUAGUCUAGCAAGAUAUGGUGCAAAAAUCAAAGAAUUCAAAUUGCCAAUUGGGGUAAGUAUUCAACAUUGUGCUGAAAGAGUAUUAUUAGUUAGACAAAAUCUUGGAUCAAAUUGGUCUUCUAUAUACUAUGAUAACUAUGAAUUAUCAGGUUAUCAACUUAUUUCUCCUGUAUUAGGCCUAUUAGCAUACAAUGCUGGUGAUGACAUUGUAACUUCCUCCACACCAUUUGAACUCGAAUUCCAUUUCGAUAAAAUUCCAAUCACAAUUGAUUUUACCAACACAACUAGGCUAGCAAAUUCUACCAGUAGUACACCGGGGAUCAUACCAUUAUGUGCUAACUUUGAGCGCGAUGGAAAGGUGACACUAACACAACAAGCGUCACAAAAUGUAUGUUACGCUAAAAAGCAAGGACAUUUUGGAUUGGUUAUUGAGACGCCUUUAAUACCUUUGAAAAAUAAGCGCGAAAGUAAGUGGAAAUUAGCUAUUGGGAGCUCGAUUGGAGCUGCAUUGGGCGCGUUCCUUCUAGGUUUGUUACUCAUCGCGAUAUUUGCAAAGGUGAAGAAGAAAGCAAGAAUGGAAGAAUUGGUAAGAAGGGCAUAUGAAGAAGAAGCUUUACAAGUUUCAAUGGUUGGACAUGUUAGAGCUCCAACUGCAGCAGGUACUAGGACUGUUCCAACUAUUGAACAUGAGUAUAAUCCUCACAAUUAUAAUUAAAAAACUAUUCUUUAGCAGUUAAUUUCUUGUUUUUUUUUUGGUUGAUCAUUCUUUUUGUAAGAUUAAAAUCUUUUGAAGUUUUGGGUACUUAAUUGUAUUGAAAUGCUUUAGGACAGGGAAAUAGAUUAAAUGCUGACAAUUAAUUUGUUCUAUCUGUUUUGCUAUAUUGAACUUCUAUUCUUUUGCCCUUUGUUCUAAUUUGGCUACAUUAGAGUUGUGAGCCUUUUUUAAUACUGUCAGUGUACUUAUACAUAUUAAGAAGUGUAUUUUACUUCAUCUUCUAGG